UUACUAUUAUUAAUUUUAAUUAAUUAUCUAAUCAAAUAAAUUAAAUUAAAUUUUGUUUUUAUUUUUGAAUUUAGUUAUACAUUUUAUUUAUUAAGGGUAUAAAUGAUAUUAACCACUCUAACUUUUAACGUGAGAGCUCAAUUACAAAAAUUUACUUUGCAAAUAAUAGUAUAGAUUAUCUAGCAAGUUUUUUUAUCUAAUGUUUUUCUUGAAUUCAUCACAUUAAUUUAUGAAUAUACUAUGGUCAUGGUAUAACAAGAUUAACAAAGCUUAAUAGUAAAAUGAUUAAUAUUACCUUAUCAUAUAUUAUACAUAUAGAUUUUGGUAUAAAUUUUAGUGACAAUGAAAAUAAAUUUUAUUCUCUCUAACCACUUUUACAUGCAUCAUAAUUUUAUUUCAUAUUCGUCAAAAUCUAUUUUAGUUGAUAUAUAAUAUAAUAUAUAUACAUUAAUAAUCGUAAACUGAUACAUGAAAUAAUAAUUUUUUUUAUUCACAAGUAAAACUACAAAAUAAUUUUUGACAUUGUUAAAAGUUUUUCAAACAACCAUUUUAGAUUUAUUAACAUAUAAUAGUAUAUUUUAUUACAAAUAUUUAGAUAUUUAGUCUAAUUAAAUCAAUUUAAAUUUAAUUAAUAAAAAUGUUUGGUAUGUGUGUUUAUUUAAUUGAUAUAUUGAAAUAUAUCAUCAAAUUCGUAUCUCUACCUACUUUUACUGAAGAAAGAAAUAUGAUAAAAAAUGAAGCUCUAUAAUCUCAUAGUUAGUAACCAUGUAGUUGUAAGUUGGUUGAAGAACAAACUGAAUAUUUAGCACUUUUUAAAUUAGUAAUAAUUUGUAGUUCAUGAUUAUGUAUCUGACUUUUAAUUUUUAUUAAUUUUGACCAAAACAAUUAGCAUAAUUAUUCUUGCGAGAUCGUUUAUUUUGCUACCAUUCAAGUUAAAAUCUAAUAUAAUUCAUAUUUUUGGUCAAAAAAAUCCAAUUAAUUAAUCUAGUGAUCAAGUUUAAAAAAAAAUUGUUAGACAUUGACGUUUGAGUAUCCAAUCAAAUCAUGUUCAAGUUUUUCCGAACAUGAAAUGUAGCUUCAUUUGAAUAUUUUUAAAUUUUGGUUUAUACUUUUGGUUCGGAUAUAGCAAUAGAUUGAAAACUUUUUUAAGUCAUUUAUAGAUUUGGGUCAGUUUCUGUUAUCCAUAAAUUUUGUGAAAUAUUUAAAAUCUACUGCUACAGUUAUAUCAAUCGGAGUUGGACUAAUGUUACAAAAUUAUUAACUAAUCAGAAAAGAUUAGAUAAUGUAAUUCAAACCUAGCUAACAUCAAAUCCGUUGUAGUCUAGCUGGUCAGGAUACUCGGCUCUCACCCGAGAGACCCGGGUUCGAGUCCCGGCAACGGAGUUUCUUUUUGUGAACAAUUCCUUUAUGGCGGGAAAAUUGCUUUAUGUUGAUUAGGGUUCUACGAAUCUCCUCCGUUCUGGUUUCUUUUCCCCCCUGCUGUGAAGAAGUUGCUGUAUUGCGAAAGAGAAGAUGUCGAAAGAGACGAAAGGUAACACUAGCAGAGCAGCGAUGAACACCUAUGGCGCUGGCUUGGAAGCAAACACACUAGCCAUGCUUGAUUCCACCGGCGCUAAGGACAAUCGCGACGCUAACGAAGAUCGUUUGCAGUACCUGGAAGCUGUUCGUGCCGCUUCACUUGUACCCGUAAAUGGAAUCCCUCCCACCAACAAAAUGUACCAAGCGAUGUUCCGGAUACUGAGAUUCGGAAGAACGUUGGAGCUCGUAGCAGCAAGUUUCCACCUUUUGACACAACUACAUCAGAGGUAUCCUUGGGUCUAUAUGUCUGAUGGGAAACAUGAGUUGGAGAUCGUUGACGAGGCUUGGUCACCGUUUAACUUUGGGUCUGAUGUUGAUUCUGGUGAAAAGGAUAUAUCAGUGAGAAGCUCAUUGUUUCAAGAACUGAUUCAAAACAUGAACAAGGGAGUUGAUGAGUCGGAGGAAUCCGUUUUGAAGAUCCUGGGAAACAUGUUCCUGUUCAAGUAUCUUGUUCAUGUUCUCAAGUUAGAUUUCACGCCCAGAAACCAAGUGUUUGAAGAAACCAUGAACUGGAGUCUAUUAAAAGAAUCAUCGCUGAAUCUACUUCUGGCUUCAAGAAGAGUGAAUUUCAAACUUCUAAUGAAAGAUUGUCUAUCUACAAUGUGUUCACCCUUUGAUGCUGAUGGAAAAUCUACCAGUUUGGUUGAAUUGCACAAUGGCAUGCUUUCUGCUAUGAAGGAACUUCUAGUAAUGAUCAUAGAGCUUGAUGCAUCCAAGAAGAAAGCUGACAUUGAAGGGAUUACCAAUAGAGGAGAUGGUGUAAGGACUCCUGCAUUGGAGAUCAUAGUGGACGAGCUAACUUAUGAUGAAUAUCUACUGUCAAAUUUUCUUCAGGUGUUCGAUGAUCCUAAAUGGAAGCUAGAGAUUGUCCUCCAGUAUCUUACCAAAUACAUUCCUAAGCCUUCUGUUCGUACCCGAAGAUCAAACACUCCUCAAGGAGAGGACUUGAAAACGCUUAAUGGGAUUUUGAAGACCUUUUCAAAUGGCACAAAUGCGAAAAAUAUCACUAAGAAGAUAGGACCUGUCGUUGUUCAGAUCCUCAUUGGACAUGGCUUUCUGGCUCAGCUCACAAUCUCUAACACUAAUGAAGGCGAGUCUAUAACAGAGAUAUGCAAUAGCGUCAUCACUGCAUUAACUAAUCUAAAGCGAGUAGAUCAGAAAAUUGAGAUUUUACCAUUUGGAAAGGAGGUCUUGUUCACUGCUGAAAUGGUUCUUAAGACAAAAGCUUGAUGCAUCUGGGAAUCAAGAUCUUAGCAAUUCAAGAGGCUUUGCAUUGUGCUAAAAGCAAAAGCAAAAACAAGUAGCGUAGGACUUAAAAGAGUUACAGUUUUCAAUGAACUAUGUGUUGGAUAAGCUUGAGUUGCAAGUUUCCUUUUCUUUAAAGUUAUGAUUAUCUAUAAGGAUUAGGAUAUUAUGUUUGUGAUAAUACUAUGAGGAUUAGGAGAUGUCUAAGUCCUUUAUAUAGUGUUGCAUAUUGAGAUGCAUAAGUGUGUGAGUUUGUGAUUGUGAUUGCUUGAUUGAGCUUUUGAUAUUGAAUAAUAAGAGAAGGACUUCUUA